UUCAACUCCAAAUUUGAUGAACAGCAGAUCCAAUUAAAUCAAUGUAUUGACGAUGUGUCAAGCCUGAAUAGUUCCCACCAACAAUUCAUGAAAUCAGUUAUACAAGGUUCUCCGAAGAAUUGUAAAACUGUAAAUCGUGAAUAUGCGAAAAUUAGUAACACCACCGGUGGAGUCUUUGAUAUAUAUCCGGAACUAGGAGACAAACCGGUCGAGGUUUACUGCGAUCUUGUGACUGACGGAGGCGGAUGGAUCGUCUUUCAAAGACGAAUGGAUGGAACAGAAGAUUUCUACAGAGGGUGGAACGACUAUGUUGAGGGAUUUGGGGAAAAAGAUAAAGAAAUGUGGUUAGGCCUGGAAACAAUCCAUCAACUAACCAAAGACGGAAGUUUCGAACUAAGGAUAAAUUUGGAAGAUUUCAAUGGAACCUCUUCUUAUGCAAAUUACGGAAAUUUCUCCAUUGCAUCUGUAAGCGAAAACUAUACAUUGUUAGUUGGAGAGUAUAAUGGAACAUCCGGAGAUUCACUAGCGCCUCAUAAUAGUAUGCGGUUUUCUACAAAAGAUUCUGAUAAUGAAGGGUGGUUAUCGCGCAGCUGUGCGGAAGAGCUCAGAGGAGGUUGGUGGUACAAUGAUUGUCAUCACUCAAAUUUGAACGGCGUCUACUAUCAAGAUGGGAGGAACGAUACUAAAUCGGUUAAUUGGUUUGGCUUCAGAAAAUAUCAAGCCCUGAGGUUUACAGAAAUGAUGUUCAGAAAAAAUAAAUAAUCAAACUUAAAUAAUCAUUGAGGAAUACGAAAAUUUCAAUUUGCUAUUUCAUUGUAAUAUAUAUUCGAAUAACAAAAAUUUAUCGAUCCUUUUGAAAAAUCCAGUCACUCAAAAGGCCAUGAUUUCAUGUUAAAAAUUCUUUUUCUUUGUUUAUCUACUUACAAAGUAAUGAGAUUCAGCAUUAUUUUUCCAUGACUGCUUAUUUGAUCACUCUUCAAACGUUUAUUGGAGUUGUUUUGACUAUACUGUAAUGAAGAUUGUAGUUUACAUUUUUCACUGCAUGCCCUAUUGUAAGAGAGUUUAUUUGUUAUAUUAUAUCUGAUUACUAUAUUUCGUAAACAAUUAAAGUUUCUUGCAGUCAGUUUACACCUUCAUUCAUGGUUUCAAGAUUCAUUUUUAGUUUCGAAA